UGUUAAAAACUAGCAUGAAAAAGGAAACUCUUUUGCUUGUUCUUUAAUCCAAAAAUCAACCCAAAAAGAUUUGGAGAGAUUGUGAUAUCAUAUCUGGUGGCAUCUUCAUUCUCACCUGUCAAUAUCUUUCUUCACACGAACCAUCCUCAAUGUCCCAUUGUCCCUUGCUAUAAACUCACAUGCACACCCCACAAAAAAUCAUCAUCAUCAUUUCUUCAAAUCUCUCUUAAAAAUAGUUUCUUGUUAUUUCCAUUUACACAUUUCUUGAAUGGAGUCUGUAGCUACUGAUAUUCAGUUCCAUGUGCUGGCUGUUGAUGAUAGCAUUCUUGAUAGGAAGUUGAUUGAAAGGCUUCUUAAGACAUCUUCUUAUCAUGUCACUGCUGUGGAUUCUGGAAUAAAAGCUCUAGAGUUUCUGGGAUUGCAGGGUGAUGAUGAGCAUUUGAAUAAAGAUUUGCCGCCUUUCACUUUGAACCACUACCAUCAAGUAGAGGUGAAUCUAAUUAUCACUGAUUAUUUCAUGCCUGGAAUGACUGGUUAUGAUCUUCUAAGAAAGAUCAAGGAAUCUACGUUACUGAAAGACAUACCAGUCGUGAUCAUGUCCUCGGAGAAUGAACCUUCAAGAAUUAACAGAUGCUUGGAACAAGGAGCAGAGGAGUUCUUCCUUAAGCCAGUUCAGUUGUCGGAUGUUAAUAAACUAAAACCCCAUCUAUUGAGGAACAAAAUCGAACAAGUGCAACUCAGUGAUCAUAAGAGAAAGAGCGAUGAAGUACGCGUUUCCCUCCAUAGAAGGACAAAAUAUGAGGCGCCUGAAUUGUUGUCUAAAGAUGAGCAACAGAUUUCAGGAUAUAAGGAUCGUGGCUUUUUUACUUCCUCUAUUAAUCAGUUUAACUAAAUAGAUUAGAUUCAGGACCAAAUGCCAGAAGUAGAAAGCAAUUUACAUUAGUUUUUCUGAAUUUCACUGCGUAAUGAACUUUGCGUUUUGUUUCUU